ACAGAAGAGAGAAGCAGAAGCUGAGAGAGAGAGAGAGAGAGAGAGAGAGAGAUGGCAGGAAUAGGAGAAGGACAAAGGAGACAAGGAGGGAGACCACAGGGCCCACCUCCAAGGGCCCAGUUUCCUCCUCGCCCUCGCUUCGAACCCGUUGAUCGCGAAAAGACUUGUCCAUUGUUGCUUCGCGUUUUCACCAAGGUUGGGGGUCAUCAUGGUGAUGAAGACUUUGCAGUGAGAGGCAAGGAGCCCAAGGAUGAAGUUCAAAUCUAUACCUGGAAGGAUGCGACUCUUCGCGAGCUAACUGAUUUGGUCAAAGAGGUAGCUCCAGCUGCAAGGAGAAAAAGUGCAAGAUUAUCAUUUGCUUUUGUAUAUCCUGAUAACAACGGCCGUUUUAAAGUGAAAGAAGUGGGAAUGACGUAUUCUUAUGGAAAUGGAAGAUUGGAUGACAGCAAGACAUUGGCUGAACUUCGCUUUCAGAUUGGAGAUUACUUGGAUGUUGCUAUUCUCUAGAGAAGUUCGCUUCAUUUGGCAUAUGAUUUAGGUUGCUCAUAAUCAGUUUGUCUAGGGAGGGUCUUGUAACACUGUUUACAGGAUUUUUGAUGCGAGUUUAUGCCUCCUUAUAUGCGGGUACAUAUGUGGCUAGUUAUGAAGUGUUAAAAUGAUGUGGAUGGUAAUACUCCUAUGUAUAAAUUGAAACCUUUUGCGAGUUCGGGAAAUAUAUAAUAUGUGAUUGCUAUACCA